GACCAGCUAAUUCACAUUAGUGUGGGAGUCGAGAGUCCCGCCGGGAUCCUCACGAAUUUAAGCCUGAAGAGAGCAAAAAUAUACGAGCGCAAAUAAACACUGGCUUAUGACCUGGGUGCAGUGAUACAUGUGCCCAGUCUAAGACUGCGGUUUGACGGAGAUUUCGUGGGAAACUAAGGGUUUAGUGGGAGACAAAGAGACCGCAGUAUAAGAGAGACGCAGUGUUUAAGAAGUCAGCCGUGGUGUUUCCGUGCCAACUAGCUGUCAGGCCCCGUAAUCCUCCUCCAAGGGUGAUGCUGCACUCUUGUGCCUUGCCAGUGUCAGGCCCCUUAACCCCGCAGGACUCUCUUCCGCUCUACUACCUGAUGGCGUUCUGUUUGGCUGAACUUUACCUGUGGUCCUGCAGGAACAGUUUGCAUGUGCAAGAUACAGAUAUUGGCACGUUCCAGUUUUAUGAGAAAGGAGAAUCGGUGUUUCCUACAGAUCGGCAUUACUUCAGUGAGAAACAGCACUUUGUGGAGAGUCGGGGUUACCCCUGCCUCCUCACUAACCGCCGGCCAGAGAAGCUGAGGGAUGCCCUGAAGGAACUGGAGGAGCUGUUAGAGUCUAAUUCCUGUGUUUGUACAAAAUGGAGAACGAAGCAGUGUUGUCAGAUGUUGUUAAGCUCAGGUGUAAUUGUAACCCUCAGUCUAAGUGGAGCUCAGCUGGAGAGAGUGACCAUCGACAAAACGCUGGUGGGACGUCUACCUGCGGACACCAUCACUCAUGCGGUGAUUGGUGAGCGCUUUCUUCUGCUCUCAAUGGUGGAAAAGAGUCAGGUGUGUCAGGUGUACCUGCGUAGGCGGAGCCAGAGCUCACCUGAGCUCUCAGCACGGCGUUUGGAGAAGCUCUCGCCUUCUGAGAUUAAGGUGUCGUGGGUGGAGCUAGCGGGAGGAAACGCUCGUCGGGUGGUGCGUCGUGUCGGAUUGAGCCGGGCGCAAGACAUGGGCGUGUGCUGGUGGCCCAGUGGACAUGAAGAGGCAUGGCCUUGGUCACCCGUUCCCAGCUCUGCAGAGCAGGCCAACUUGGUACUGCUUGGCUGCUCAGACAGGCCUGGGCUUACAGUGCUGAGCUCCAUACGCACAGACGGCGACCCUUUGACCUGCUGUUUCAGCCUGACCCGACCGUACCAGGUCCUCACCGUGGAACUCCAAGAGGCUCACCCUGCUGUUGCCCAGACCUGCGUGUAUGAAUGCGCUCGUGGGCGUUUCCAACGGUUGUCAGCUACGCCUAUGCCCCUCCCCUCAGCCCCUGUCUCCUGGUGCCGUGACCCGAGCGAGAGCCUUCUGCUCCUAGGCCUCCAGGACUGCUCUGUGGUACUCUUCCACCCUGAAACGGGCGUCGCGGGCCGGGCCGCCUGCCCUAUGCUGCCCUCGCUGCUGGCGUGGCACCCCUCUGGAGGUCUGGUCGUGGUAGCAGGAGUACAGGGAGAGUUGCAAUGCUUUGAUCUGGGGCUCUCGCCUCUGCCGGUACGCCUCCUGUCUGAGGAGGAGGCCCUGGGCCGUGCAGGUCCCACAAUGCAGCUGGCACGGCACGUGAAGGCAGCCAGAGGGCUGGCAGAGGUAGAGUGGGCACACUCGCCCGUAUCCCAGGGGGCUGAGGGGCUGGAAGUGCACAAUCUGAUGCUGCUCAGGUUCCAUGGAGGGCCACUGGCUGCUCUGAAACUGAAAAUGGGUGUGAUGAAUGCAGCUCAGCUCAGUGCAGGUGAGAUACUGCAGCAUCGGCUGCACUGCGGGGAGCCAGGUGCGGCCCUGGGCAUUCUGCGUAAUAUGGACUGGUGCAUGAUGGGAGCAGAAUGUUAUCGUGGUGUGAUUUCAGUGACAGAUCACCUGCUCAGAAAGCCACUGGAUGAGGAAACAGCAGCUCAGUUAGAAGCUGCUCUGGGGAUGUUCUACUCCCCUUCCAGAUCUUUAACAGACACAGUCAUACUGGAGUAUCGUGACCCAAUCAGCCGCUACGCACGCAGAUUCUUCCAUCACCUGCUCAGACACCAGCGUUUUGAAAAGGCUUUUCUCCUGGCUCUGGAUAUUGGCGCUCGAGAUCUCUUCAUGGACCUCCAUUACAUGGCAGGAGACUGCGGAGAAUCUGCGUUGGCAGCCACCGCCCUCCACAAGGGCCAGGAGCUGGAUACCCGGGAGGUCGUGACCUCUGACCCAGAUGACCCCAAGGCUGCGGAACAGAGUGUGUGGGAUGGAGCAUGUCUCUCUCCCGCUGCUGACACACCUUUACCCAGCAUCGGCAAAGCAAAGCCCAGCCACACUCUCAGGAGCACAGCAUCCAGAGCUGGGUCUGUAGAGGACGUGAGACGAAGCAGGGAAGCGGAUCUUACUGACACGCUCGCAAACCAAGCCCCCUCCUCAUGGAAUCACACAGAAUCCGGUCUGGUCAACUGGGAAGAUCAGGCAUCUGGAAAGCUGAAAGUUAUUCAUCUUGGUGUAGUAUAAAUAAUGUAUAAUUUUAUUUGAAAAAAUAAUAUUUUUCUGUGGAAUAUGUAAUAUUUGUGUAUGUAUUCGUUUAUUACUAAACUUUGCAUGCUGUGCAUUUUUAUUUUCGUAAACAACAACUAAGAAAGGUGUGUCUAGGUUUACUACAACUAUAAUAGUAGCCAAAAUAACAUGUAAAUGUCCUGCUAACUUGUUACAAACUAUUACAAACAGUGUGUUUUUGUUAUUGUUCAUUUAAUGUUCAUAUAAUGUGCAGGUCUUUGGCUUUUCUGAACCCCUCCAUAUACAUUCUAGCUGAGUGCCAGAAGAAAAAUACACACAGACACACACACACUCUCUCUCUCUCACACACACACAGACACACUCACACACACACACACACACGCCAAGUUUGUUUUCUCUCUUUCUGUUUUUCUGCCACUUGUACUGUAUUUCCUCCCAAGCACUUCAGACAUCCAUAUUCUAUAUUGUCAUAAUCUCCCAUUUAUACAAAAUCCAGCAUUUUUUAAAUAACGGGUUCAUUCUUUUCCCGUUCCUCUGGAAAGCAUGGAACCGUAUUCUCUUCCUCUGUUGUGGAAGGGAAUGAGGUGGAAUCUGCAGUAGGCGUUGGGGUUUUAUUCUCGGUGUUUAUUCUCUGUGAGAGAGAGAGAGAGAGAGAGACAGACAGACAGACACAGAGAGAGAGAGAGAGAUAUUACACACAGGAGUUAAAAAGCAGUGUGUCGUAGCUGACGUCUUAAAAGAGGACGCCGGCGAUUCUCCCUAUAGCUGUGCCAUGCAGAUGCACCCAUGUCAGCGCUGUCGCCUCUCUGCUUUUCCCAAAACUUAAUCUGACGGCACCCAGCCACCCAUAAUCCCUCACUGUAUCGUAAUCAGUUUACUCUGCAUUCUAAGAGGAUUUUCCUCUUUUUUUAAUACAGAAUACUGUGUUGGAAUCGGACACAGAAUCUGCAUUAUGCGUCUCCCUUUGUAGUGGCGAUGCUCAAGUUUUGUGGGGUUUUUUGUUUUUGUUUUUUUUUUAAUCGGUUUAUGGUCCUUUUUGGCAUUUAAUUGUUGGAAGUGGAAUGCAAAGAAUGUGAUACAUGGUUUGUGAUCAAUACGUUAUAACAUAAGUAUAUUAACAUAGCCAUGUAUGUAUAUAUGUACAUAGGCUUUCUUAUACAAAAUGAUGUGUAGUUUAACAUUUUAUACAUGUUUAUGCAAAUUAAAAACAGGUUUACAAGGAGUUUGGGUCCAGUCGGCAAACAUGCCUGAAAUAUUACUAUAAAAUAUAAAGAAUAAUAUAAAUCUU